CAGCGCCAUUGUCAGCUGCAUCACGUGACUGCUACACGUUCCAUAAGGUCUCCUCGACGCGUUCCACCCUUGCAGGUUCGCGUCAUCCAGUCUAAUAACCUUCUUUUCUGGAUGCACGCGGUGCGGGUUUUUCUGAUGUUGCUUGUGCAUUGUCGAGACCAUUAUCUUUGCCCACAGCUAGAUUCCUUCUUGGACGCUGCGUUACGCACGCCCAACGAAAUUGGCGCCUGCCUCAAAGCGGACGCACACAGUUGAAUCAAGGGCAAGCGGUUCCGUCUAUUCAAGUUCGAUGUGAAUGGAAUGGAGCUACCGCAUGGUCCAUGAGCUCAUUCGCAGACCUGAAGAAGCGGCGCGAAGCGCGCAAGCCAGCGGCGCUUACUUUCAACGGUACCACUGAGGAAGCUGGUCCGCCUGCCGACGUGGCGGGGGCAGCUCCCAUCGAAGAUCCUUCCGCACCGCACGCUCUCAGCAUACCCCAUGCGCUUGAAGAGAAUCCCGACAUAGAAGUGCGGUGGACGAGCAAGCACGGUCGCGGGCUCUACUGGCAGCCCAAGGAUGGACGAGUAUGCAAAAGAGGCACAAAUCUACUCAGAUUACGACCGCAUGCUACGGUGCCAUCUGAGGAAUGCCUUCGAUACGUGUGCUCCGCAUGCCUCAAAAUUCUUAAACUAGCCAAUGCAACAGAUGCGAUGCGAUGCUCGCGAUGUCGGAUGAUGCGUUAUUGUGACACAGAAUGCCAGCGUGCAGACUGGCCCGAUCACAAGCUCGAGUGCACAGCUUUGCAGGAGUACACGAAGCGUCGGCGCAUGGCGGAGGAGCAAGCUCGCAAGGACGCUGAAGAUCAUCCCGAAGAAGAGAAUGCGGAGAGAUUUGCAAUGGCCGUAGGGAAAGAUACUCCGAUGGAAGCUGUUGCUAAAACGCACGACAGGAACACCGAUGAUGCUAAAGACCCGGGUGCUGCGAUUCGAAUCUUAGCACGGCUUGUUUGGUCCAAAUCGCGAAUAUCAAAGCAAGCGUGGAGACAGGUGAAAGAUCAGUUCUCACCCAGACAGCUCAUGUCGCUCGAACAGCUACAAGAAGCUGGGAAGCUAGCAGCUCGCUUUGCUUUCUUCCUAGGCUGCGCUUCUGGAAUUGAGGACCGGCAACCGUCAAACUCCAGAGCUUUGGUCUCGCACGAAAGCCUUCCAAGCGAUCUCACUGGAUAUGGUUUCGCCAAUGCUCAAGAUGUGCUUGACUUCGUGUGCAAGUACACGAGCAAUGCUUUCACGGCCGCGCGGGGCGACCUGGAUCCCUGUGGGAUAUCGAUCUGUCCGACUGCUGCCCUGCUGAACAGCAGUUGCAUCCCUAAUGCAGUUGUUGUCUUUCCAUGGGGUCCGAAUGCUAACCUUCCAGCUUCUCAAUCGCAAGAUCGCAUGCGCUGUCUGCACAUCAAUGUGAUCAAAGAUCUCAAUCCGGGCGACGAGAUUCUGACCAGCUAUCUCGAUCUUUCCGAGCCAUUGCAUCGACGCGAAGAGACGCUGAUGCGCAGCUAUUCAUUCAAAUGCGAUUGUGCAAUGUGUAAGAAAUGCCGCAAAACCGAAAAGGCGCAGAUCAAGGCAAUGCGAGAUGGCUCGACUCUUGAUCUGGAGGGGCUUUGGCAGGAUCCGCGCGAUGCUGCACUUUGUCAAAUAAAGGAUUGCAAAGGAUGGGUCGCUCUACCGAGACCUGACCCGAAGGAAAGCAUCGCAGGAAUCUUGCGCAUCAUAUGUCAAGCUUGCCGAAAAAUGCAGACGAUCGACCUCGAGCCCCUACAAAAACUGCGCCUGUCAGGUGCAGAGCAGUGGAUGGCUGCUGAACGGGCUUUCGCUCAGCAUAACCCCGGGUCCACGCUGGCGAUGCUUACUUUGCUACCGACGCUGCGCAGACAUCUUCCGCCCGCGGCUUUCCCACUCUUUCCCAUGUUGCGCCUCCUUCAUCUUGCAGCCAUCGAAAAGGCAAACAGUGUGGAGGUCCGUGCUUCACAAUCCAAAGCUCUUCAACAGCAAUCUGCAAGCUACGACACAGCCAUCUACGCGGGCAUGCUCCAGAUACAAGGAAUGCAGGUGGGAAAUGGGUCAAUCUUUGCAGACGGCCAUCCCGCAAAGGCCCUCGCCUUCGCUGCAGUCGGUCGCCUAGUCAUGAACGAGGCAGCUCUACGUCCGCAAGAACGGAAUCUCACGCCUCCGAAGAAUCUCGCGCAAUACUUUGGCACAGUUCCAUCCCUUCCGGGUUUACCCAGGACAUGUUUGGAAGCCGCCCAAUUUGCAAGGGCCAAUCUGCGUCAGGCUAGCACACAGAUCAAAAUUGGCUUUGCCGAUAGAGGUACCUCAUUAGCAGCAGUCACAGAAGCAUUGGACGAUCUGGAGCGUGGCAUAAUGGCAAGCGCUAUGCAGCCCUGAUAUCAAUCUUUGGACUACAGCUCGCUGUCAUCUUGACCAUUGUACCCAUCUUCAUACUCAAGGACAUCCUCAUCGACAACGAAGCUGUCCAUCGAGUAAUGGUCAUCAUCUUGUGCAGCAGCGUCAGAGGAAAGCAUCACAGGCCUCCUCGCUUUGCUGAUGCCUGUA